CCGCUACGCCCUUGGCCCCUUCUCUCUCUUCGUCGCGCCGCCGUAGCACGACUCCGACUCGGCCAUGGCGACACCCCCAGCUCUCCUAUUCCCUUCGCCCUCUUCGGCAUCUUCUCCGCCGUCAUCCGCGCAGGUAGAGGCGGUGGUCCUCUUCAACGUCUGCGACAGCUACGUGCGGCGACCGGACCAGGCAGACCGUGUCAUCGGCACCCUCCUUGGAUCCCUCCUCCCCGAUGGCACCGUCCACGUCCGCAACUCCUACGUGGUCCCCCACAGCGAGUCGGCCGACCAGGUCGCCAUCGACAUCGACUACCACCAUAACAUGUACGCCUCGCACCAGAAGGUGAACCCCAAGGAAGUCAUCGUCGGAUGGUGAGCAACCCACCCCAUCGCCUCACGAUUCCACACCCUCGUUUUAUUUAUUUUUUCUGGCUCCAUCGGUAUAUCAACACAUAUGUGAAUGCCAGUGCUCCUAAUGAUUAUAUAAUUGGGCACCGUUUAUAUGCAACAACUGAAUCCCCCAAUGCAUAGUGUGUUUUUUUGGGCUGAAUUACUUUGAGUGGAUGCACCCAUUUUUCUUAUCAAAUGCACAUUAUGCACUGUACAUCUCGUUGUUAGGAUACUGCUUUGACAUUACAAGGCAGAUAGCAGCCGAGGACAGAAUAACUCUAGAGUAAUUAGUUCCAUCUUUGUGAUUAACAACCAUCGAUGUGCUCAGAGCUAUAUUCAGUGUCAGUUGCUUUGAUAUCAUCGAAAGCACAUUCAGACACUAGAAAAAUCGGCUUGGAAAGCCUGUGAAUUGGUUUGCCAAGUAUCCUUACUGAACUUUUCAAACCUGUAUGUUACCUAUCUACUUGUGUAGGUUCUCGACUGGAUUUGGUGUUUCUGGGGGAAGUACGCUUAUCCAUGAGUUCUAUUCAAGGGAAGUACAAAGCCCCAUCCAUCUUACAGUCGACACCGGCUUCACUAGGGGGGAAGCUUCCAUCAAAGCCUACGUCUCAUCCAACCUGUCCCUCGGUGAUAGGCAACUCGCUGCGCAAUUUCAGGAAAUCCCUCUGGAUCUUAGGAUGAUCGGGGCAGAAAAGGCUGGAUGUAUGUGUCACUUUCCUGUAUGCUAAUUCAUUCAUCGUGUAUUAUAUAUUGAUGAUUGUUUUGGAUUACCGGACUGAAUUUUGAAGAGCAGAAACACUUUAAGAAAUAUGUAAAUGGCAUAGAAGAAUGAACUUGCCGCAUUGAAUGAGAACCCAUCAAUCCUGCUAGCUGUAGGCUUGCAGUAUUUGCAGUGUU